GAACACACAUGCCACCUGAUCACACAUAACCAAUAAUAUUAUGGAAUAUGUGGCGGCUCCUCUUUUAACGCCUUGUGAUCAGACUCACAGAUUAGAACUAUCAGACACAGACUAUACGUUCUAUCAAUUUAAUUGGCCAUUCGAAUAAGUCAAGAAAUGGCUUUAAACGGCAUCAAAGUGGUGGAAUUUGCAGGGCUGGCGCCAGCCCCCUUUUGCGGCAUGGUGCUGGCCGACUUUGGGGCCUCGGUCAUCCGGAUCGACAAAACGGGCCCCCCCGCUCAGUUCGACUUUUUGGACAACGGCAAGAAGUCCGUGUCCUUGAACUUGAAGUCCCCCGAAGGGGUGAAGGUCGUUAGACGACUAAUUCAGCGCUCCGAUGUAUUAAUUGAGCCCUUCAGGGCCGGGGUUAUGGAGAAACUAGGCCUGGGUCCCAAAGUGUUGAUGGCAGACAACCCACGGUUGGUCUAUGCGCGGUUGACCGGCUUCGGGCAAAAAGGGGCUCUGGCAAAGCACGCCGGGCAUGACAUCAACUUUCUGGCCCUGUCCGGGUUGCUAUCGCUGUUCGGCCGCAAGGGGCAGAGCCCCACUUUUCCCGUUAACUUAGCGGCGGACUUUGGGGGCGGGGGGCUAAUAUGCGCCCUGGGCAUCGCCCUGGCCCUGCUGGAGCGCCACAAGUCCGGCAAAGGGCAGAUUGUGGACUGCAGCAUGACUCACGGAGUGGCCUACUUGGGCAGCUUCCUCUACCGCUCCCAAGGCUCGACCCUGCUGUGGGGCAAUGAGCGGGGCGCCAACCUGCUCGACUCGGGCGCCUCCUGCUACGACGUAUACAAAACCAAAGACCAGAAAUACAUGGCUGUGGCUGCGGUAGAGCCCCAAUUCUACAGCCAAUUGCUGCGCCAGCUCAACAUAACGGAAGAAGAGGCGCCGCAGAUGGACUACGCGACCAGUCGCGCGCUGUUUGAACGAGCCUUUUUGCAGAAAACCCAAAAACAGUGGUGCGAAGUGUUCGAUCAGGUGGACGCGUGCGUUACUCCAGUGCUCGACCUGGAUGAGGCGCCUUUGCACCCCCACAACAGGGAACAGGGCGCCUUUUCGGGCCCCGCCCCCAAUCCAGCGCCUCAGCUGAGCAGAACCCCGGCCCAGUCGCACGCGCACCUCAGAAGCCCCAAAAUUGGAGAGCACACUGUGGAAGUGCUCAGCGACUUGGGGUACACGGGGGACCAAAUUCAGCAGCUCCAAUCCCAGGGUGCUGUUUUUAAUGAGAGCAAGGCCAAAUUGUAACGGGCGGGACUUAUAGGCGUAUAUAUUUAGAGUUUUGGGGGCACUGAUGUAAAUAAUUAUGAUUCUUGAUUAAUUGGACUGGAGUUAAACAAUAAAUGCGAAAAAAAUACUAUGCAA